GAGAAACUGAAUUAGUGAGUUUCGCUUGCAAAUUACCCUAUUUCUACCCACCAAACCAGCUUUCUCAAAACCACUGCUUCUCUUCGAUUUCUCUCUACUUCUCUUUCAUUCAUUAACCGGCGCCGUUGUGUUUUUCUGCUCCUCUUCGAUUCCUCUCUGUUCAUCGAUUGCUUUUCUAUGUGGAAAAAAGAAACUAACGAAUUAACCUCUCUUGACUCUUCCACUGUAAACCAAUAUCCACACACCACACACACCCUAUCUUUCUGACAAGUCAACAGCAAUCUUUCAUCAAUUUUUCUGAGUUUUAUUCUCCGAUUCGAUUACACAUCGAUCCAACAUCAAUUCGUUACUCCCGACAAAAUCCGGCAUGGAUUCACCUUCACCACCAACGACAAACCCAAAGACGAAAUCUUUGGAUCCCCCGCUGCAUGCAUUCGGCUUUGAGAUUGACGAGUUAGCACCACACAAAGUCACCGGUCAUCUUCAGGUCACCGAUAAGUCAUGUCAGCCGUUUAAGGUGUUACACGGCGGAGUAUCAGCGUUAAUAGCAGAGUCGCUGGCAAGUUCGGGAGCAUUCAUAGCGUCGGGAUUCAAGAGAAUCGCCGGAGUACAGCUCAGCAUCAACCACCUCAAACGUGCUGACAUCGGCGACCUUGUUUUUGCUGAAGCCACACCUCUCCAAGUCGGCAAAACCAUUCAGGUAUGGGAGGUGAGGCUAUGGAAGAUUGAUCCUCAUAACCCAGAAAGUAGAUUGGUUAUAUCGAUAUCAAGGGUUACUCUUGUCACAAACUUGCCUGUGCCAAAUAAUGCUAAAGAUGUUGUUCAAAAUUUUAAGAAGUAUGCAAAGUUAUAAGUUAUAAGCCCCUCUUUCACUUCCUUCAUGCAAUAACUUACAUACUACAAAUGUAUGUAGACAUGUGAUAGUGUGUAACUAUUAAUAAUACAAGAAUGUUUGUUCCAAAGAAUAAAUCUAAUUUUACUUUAACUUUUUAAUA